AUGCUCCAAGCGAUCUCAACCUUGGCUAUACUAGGCCUGGUAGCCCGCGUGCUAUGCGAUGACUUACAAGAUUCGCUAUACGGAACUUGGACUUCGAAAUCUAAUCAAGUUUUCACAGGUCCUGACUUUUAUGAUCCUGUGGAAGAACUACUAAAAGAGCCAUCCUUGCCUGGCAUAUCCUUUUCCUUUACCGAGGACGGAUACUUCGAGGAAGCUAUAUAUCAAGUCGAGGGCAAUCCUAAGGAUCCUGGGUGUCCCCUCGCGGUAAUCAUCUAUCAGCACGGGAAGUAUGAUAUACAGGAUAACGGCACUUUGACGCUCACUCCUUUUGCUGUCGAUGGUAGACAGCUACUAAGCCAACCGUGUGAAGAUGAUGGGGUCUCUGUUUACUCUCGCUAUAACCAGACUGAGGUAUACAAGUGGUUUUUGGUACAAGAAAAUGACUACCAUGGCAUUCAAGAGCUGCAAAUGUAUAAGGCUGACGGAUCUCCAAUGCAGCCUAUGUACCUAGCUUACAGGCCACCCAUGAUGUUGCCUACGGAAACUUUGAAUCCUACCGCGGCUAGCGAGACUAGUGCUUCAAACUCAAAGAGCAAGCGAUCUCUGAGAAGUUUAGUAAGACGCAGCCUGGAGAACAGACAUAAAACAAAUGCGGUAAAACGCAGCGAUUCUUUUGUGCAUAGUAAAAUCUUCAAAUGGGCAUCCGUGGGCCUCAUCGGCGUAGGCUCCGUGAUUUUUUUGGUGAGUUAG